AGAAUGCUCUUUCAGUUGCAUUAGCAGAAAUGAAAUGGGCUCAGUAUGCUGCAGUUAUGCAGGGCAUCACACCAACUGCCGAGAAUUCUGUCAAGCCAUUUUUCGAACAGACUCUUCUCCUGGGCCAUCUCAGAUCAAAGCAGUGGAAAAUUAUUGUGCCUCUAUCAGUCCACAGUUGAUACACUGUGUCAACAAUUACACCCAGUCUUAUCCAAUGAGAAACCCAACUGAUAGUUUAUAUUGCUGUGACAGAGCUGAAGACCAUGCUUGCCAAAACGCCUGCAAGAGAAUUCUAAUGUCUAAGAAAACAGAAAUGGAGAUUGUUGAUGGUCUCAUUGAGGGUUGUAAGACCCAGCCCUUGCCUCAAGAUCCUCUUUGGCAGUGUUUUCUCGAAAGCUCACAGUCGGUUCACCCCGGAGUCACUGUGCACCCUCCUCCCUCAACCGGCCUUGAUGGGGCCAAAUUGCACUGUUGCUCUAAAGCAAACACUUCAAUCUGUAGGGAACUGUGCACGAAACUUUAUAGCAUGAGCUGGGGAAAUACACAGAGUUGGUAAGAGUUUGACCGCAUCUGUGAAUAUAAUCCGGUGGAAGUGUCCAUGUUGACAUGUCUAGCUGAUGUCCGGGAACCUUGCCAGUUGGGCUGUACAAACCUUACUUACUGUACAAACUUUAACAACAGGCCAACAGAACUGUUCAGGAGCUGUACUGCUCAGUCUGACCAGGGGGCCAUGAGUGACAUGAAGCUGUGGGAGAAGGGAAGCAUAAAGAUGCCCUUCAUCAGCAUCCCUGUCCUCGAUAUUAAAACCUGCCAGCCAGAGAUGUGGAAAGCAGUUGCAUGCUCCCUGCAGAUUAAGCCUUGCCAUAGCAAAUCCCGAGGAAGUAUUAUCUGCAAAUCAGAUUGUGUAGAGAUUCUCAAGAAAUGUGGAGACCAGAAUAAAUUCCCUGAAGACCACACGGCUGAAAGUAUCUGUGAGUUUCUGUCCCCUGCAGAUGACCUGGAGAACUGUAUACCUCUGGAUCCGUACCUCAGGCCAAGUGCUUUAGGUAACAUCAUAGAAGAGGUGACUCAUCCCUGUAAUCCAAAUCCUUGCCCAGCCAAUGAGCUCUGUGAAGUGAACCGAAAGGGGUGUCCGUCUGGAGAUCCCUGCCUUCCGUAUUCGUGUGUUCAAGUUUCCAGAGCAUCAGGCUUUGGAAUGCUCACUGAUUGGCCCCAGAAGCACCUGACCCUUCCCAGCCUGCAAUGGACAUCAGGAAGCAACAGCAGCAGCAGCAGGAGGAGGAGGAGGAGCAGCAGCAGCAGCAGGAGCAGUGGUGGCAGAGUUAGCAAAGACAUGAGCAUGCCAACAGCCAGCUCUAUGGAAAAAACAUCAAUAUACACCAAAUAGUUUGCAGUAGAGAGUGGAAUCAGGACAUAGAGGAAUCCAGUUCCUCUUUAACACAUUUGAGGGCCUCUGGGUCUUUCUACUUGGUGGAAAUGGAGCAAGUCACCAUGGGUCACCCAGAGGAAACUCCAUACUGUCCUAUCAGGGGAUCUCAUCUGUUUUCUUAUCAACAUUUCCCUGCCCCUCACUGCAAUACUUCUUACCAGCACUUUCUCUGGAUUCAAGUGGCAAGAACUUCAGACCUCA